CACAGUGCCCGUGUCUCAGCUCCGCAGCUGCGCUCCGCGGGACAGCGUGGGCACCGCCCCGCCGCCACCCCCCCCCCUCCCCACUCGCGCCGGGGCGGGCUCAGCCACUAUUAAAGGCGCCAGUCACAGAGCUGAUGCGGUGGUUUUCGCGGGUCGUGCGUGAGGCCAUGGCGACUUACGUGCAGCUGAACACCGGGGCUAAGAUGCCCAUACUGGGGCUGGGCACAUGGAAGUCCCCACCAGGUAAAGUAACAGCUGCGGUGAUGGCUGCCAUUGACGCUGGGUACCGUCACCUUGACUGUGCCUAUGUGUACCAAAAUGAAAAUGAAGUCGGAGAGGGGAUCCAGCAAAAAAUCAAGGAAGGCAUUGUGAAACGUGAGGAUCUUUUUGUUGUCAGUAAGCUGUGGUGUACAUUUCAUGAAAAGUCUCUGGUAAAGGGAGCGUGCCAGAAGACUCUUGCUUCCCUGAAACUGGAUUACCUGGAUCUCUAUCUCAUCCACUGGCCUCUUGGCUUUAAGGCAGGAGAGGAGCUGUUUCCCACAGAUGACAAAGGCAUGGCUAUACCCAGCAACACAGAUAUUCUGCAAACAUGGGAGGGCAUGGAAGAGCUGGUGGAUGCUGGUCUGGUAAAAGCCAUUGGAAUCUCCAACUUUAACCGUGAGCAGACUGAAAGAAUCUUGAACAAGCCAGGACUGAAAUACAAGCCUGCAAAUAACCAGGUGGAAUGUCACCCAUACCUUACCCAGGAGAAGCUGAUCAAGUACUGCCAAUCCAAAGGGAUUGCUGUGACAGCAUACAGUCCCCUUGGCUCUCCUGACAGGCCAUGGGCUAAGCCAGAGGAUCCUUCCCUUCUGGAUGACCCCAAGAUCAAAGAGAUUGCAGCCAAGCACAACAAAACUCCAGCUCAAGUUCUCAUUCGGUUCCACAUCCAGAGAAAUGUGAUUGUGAUUCCCAAGUCUGUCACACCACAGCGCAUUGUGGAGAACUUCAAGGUGUUUGACUUUGAAUUGACUAAAGAGGAAAUGGCAACUAUUCUCAGCUUUAAUAGAAACUGGAGAGUUUGUGAAAUGACAACGUGCAAAACUCACAAGGAUUACCCUUUCAAUGCAGAAUACUGAAGAUGGUUUCCUGCCUUUUUCCAGACUUCUCAGAUAUGCUUCUGCUGUUGCCUAUGAGCUGUCUACGUAGCAUUCUCACUGCAUCAGACCCCACCCCCCUUUUUUCUUUUUCCCCUUAUUUUUUUCCCCACAAAGAUGCAGUAUAUGUACUCAGUGACUGUGCUGGUUUAUUUUUUUGGAAGGAGGAAAUGCUAAAAUGAUUCUGAAGAGCACACUGUGUGGAAUAGUAGGUUGUCUCUUCCAAACUGCAUGUCUGGAACUGGUAAGCAAAAAAACAUCGAGAAGAUUUGAACUAGCAGCCACAUUUAUUUUGGAAUAUGAUGAAUUUGAGCUAGUGACUUCUGUCUGGAAGGACCAGGAUGUGGCAGAUUUUGCAUAAUUAAUGUGAAUUCUGCUUUCUUCUGAUUUCAUUUGGGUUUGGUUUUGUUUCUUUUUUUAAUGCUCCAUGCUUUUUUUUUUCUCCAAUUGGAAUUACAAGUUGAUUUCUAAGUAUAGCAGUUUCUACAGGGGUAGCUCUUUUGAAAAGUUGUAUAGGUCCUGGUUUCUUGGUGAUAUAAAAGCUGGUUUUGCUUAUAAUAAAAUAUUGUUUCAUUACUGUG